AUGGGCCGCCCACCACCCCUCCUGCCCCUGUGUGCCUCUGUGUCUUUGCUGGGUGGCUUGACCUUUGGUUAUGAACUGGCAGUCAUAUCGGGGGCCCUGAUGCCACUGCAGCUUGACUUCGGGCUCAGCUGCUUGGAGCAGGAGUUCCUGGUGGGCAGCCUGCUCCUGGGGGCGCUCCUUGCCUCUCUGGUGGGGGGCUUCCUCAUUGACCGCUAUGGCAGGAAACAAGCCAUCCUGGGGAGCAACGUGGUGCUGUUGGCAGGCAGCCUGAGCCUGGGUCUGGCUGGCUCCCUGGCCUGGCUGGUCCUGGGCCGCUCGGCAGCUGGCUUUGCCAUCUCCCUCUCCGCCAUGGCCUGCUGCAUCUACGUGUCCGAGCUGGUGGGGCCUCGGCAGCGGGGGGUGAUGGUGUCCCUCUACGAGGCAGGCAUCACCGUAGGCAUCUUGCUCUCCUACGCACUCAACUACGCGCUGGCCGCCGUGCCCCGGGGCUGGAGGCACAUGUUCGGCUGGGCUGCUGCGCCCGCUCUCCUGCAGUCCCUCAGCCUCCUCAUCCUCCCUGCGGGUAUAGGCGAUGCCACCUAUACCCACAGGGAUCUCAUCCCCCUCCAGGGAGAGGAGGCCACCGAGCAGGGCCUGGGGAAACCACGAUACUCAUUUUUGGACCUCUUCCGGGAGCGGGACAACAUGCGAGGCCGGACCACCGUGGGGCUGGGGCUGGUGCUUUUCCAGCAGCUAACAGGGCAGCCCAACGUGCUGUCCUAUGCCUCCACCAUCUUCCACUCUGUUGGCUUCCGUGGGGGAUCCUCAGCUGUGCUGGCCUCCGUGGGGCUUGGCGCUGUAAAGGUGGCAGCUACCCUGACUGCCAUGGGGCUGGUGGACCGAGCAGGCCGCAGGGCCCUAUUGCUAGCUGGCUGUGCCCUCAUGGCCCUGUCUGUCAGUGGUAUAGGCCUGGUCAGCUUUGCUGUGCCCAUGGACUCGGGCCCCAGCUGCCUGGCCGUGUCCAAUGCCACCAGGCCAUUAAACCUCACUGGAGACUCUGGCCUGCCAAUGGGCUUCUCUUCACAUCCACUGUCAACCACCAGCGAGAACCAAGAGGAGCCUGUCUCACCAAUUCCUGAGAAAACCAAGCAUCCUUCCAGAGCUGGGAAUCCCACAGCCCUUCCUGUGCCAGUCCUGAGCACCGGCUCCCCGGCACCCCCUGCCCCUGCCCCGGAGCGUGCCCUGCUGCUCUGGACCGCGCUGGUCUGCAUGAUGGUGUUUGUGAGCGCCUUCUCUUUUGGAUUUGGACCAGUGACCUGGCUGGUCCUCAGUGAGAUCUACCCCGCGGAGAUCCGAGGAAGGGCCUUCGCCUUCUGCAGCAGCUUCAACUGGGCCGCCAACCUCUUUAUCAGCCUCUCCUUCCUCGACCUCAUCGGCUCCAUCGGCUUGUCCUGGACCUUCCUGCUGUACGGGCUGACCGCUGUCCUUGGCCUGGGCUUCAUCUAUGUGUUUGUCCCUGAAACAAAAGGCCAGUCGUUGGCAGAGAUAGACCAGCAGUUCCAGCGGAGACGAUGCUCCUCGACUUGUGACGGGGUCACAGCCCAUUAA